AGACACUAAAUAUCUGACGGAAUUGAUUCGAGUUAUUGGAAUAUGUGCUUGACUGCACAUGGGGAUCGGACGCUAGUCGUAUAAGCUUAAGGAUGUCCCGCAUUUUCCGUGUGUUGUUGCGACGGAAGCCUGUCCGUUUACUUAUCAUUUUUCUGUCCGUAUACGUGCCAUAAAUGAAGUCAGCGACUGAGUUUGCUGAUGACUUCCACAGUGCCAAACUGCCUGUGCUAACAUAUGUGUUGUUAUUGUGCCAUCAUAAUGAUUUGUGUAUAUUCUCAGAGACAGCUCUGACCCUGUAAACAUACCAAUACCUAUGCACUCCCUGUGUGUACUUAGAAUCUCGGCUAAUUAGAUCUUGGAGUGUCGUUUCUCAUGAAUAUUCCACGCGGUGCAGAAAUACUUUGGACCGACUCUAUAGGUGAUCGCCCGAAUGUUGUGCAGGAACUUGUGAUCCAAUCUUUUGUGAGGGAGAUGAGUAAACCAGAGAACAACAUCCAUGCUCUUUCUUGGCGAAGACUGCACCUCAGUAGAGCGAAACUCAAGGCAUCCAGUAGAACGUCAGCACUGCUCUCGGGAUUUGCAAUGGUUGCUAUGGUGGAGAUAAACCUCAGCAGCAAGGUACCAGAAGGACUGCUCAUCGCAUUCAGCAUCUGCACGACACUGCUCGUUUCCGUGCACAUGCUCGCACUCAUGAUCUCUACGUGCAUCUUACCGAAUCUGGAAGCCGUCGCGAGCGUGCACGGAAUAGCUUCAGUCUCGGAAUCCCCCCACGAGAAGAUGCACAUGUACAUAGAGACAGCGUGGGCUUUCUCCACAGUCUUCGGCAUACUGCUCUUCAUGGCCGAGAUUGCCAUUCUUGCCUGGGUCAUCUUUUACGAGUACUCAGAGAAUGCGGCCUUGGCUGCGACCAUUAUACUCAUACCUGUAGCGAUCGUCUUCAUUGUCUUUGCCGUUCAUUUUUAUCGCCAGUUGGUGACCCAUAAGUUUGAGCAGUCUGUCAUGAAUGUCCAGGAGCUAGAGAAUAUGGUCAACAGACUUCAGAACGACGAUAGCAUGGCUGUUAAUGGAUCAUCAGUGUUAAAUGUCUGACCAUGGGAAGGAACUGAUGACAGCGUGAUUACAUGUAUAAAGUAUUUCGAGGGCAUUUUAGUUUGUUUUGUGCUGACUUGUAUAAAGCGAGCUUUUUACUUGAAAGUGCAGUAGAGGCAGACAUUGAGGAUGGAUAGCACUGGAAUCUGUGCCUGGUGUAUUGUGCCAAAGGAACUUCAAAUCUCGAAUUAAUAUUGAACAGUAGUGGAGUUACUGGCUUUCUAAAUGGCUAGACGUAGUACUCUGUAAUGGUACAUGCUCGUCCUGCAGACACAUCUCAGUACUUCUCUAAAAAUAGCUUUCUACGAUGCAAUUUGCUGAUGCUAUCAAAAUGUAUGUUGGUGCGAUCUGGUUUAUGUUGCUUGGUCUUCACUGCCGUCCGCAGUUUUGCGGUUCUGCAAUAGGUUGAGGCCAUUGUGUGCUGCCCGUUAACCUGGAACUGAGUGCUAUUUGAAUUAUCAAAGAUAGGAUGAGAGAACUGCAUGAACUUAGUGAAGGAACAGAGAUUCAUAAGCGGGCAGAAACAGGUAGACGCAAGGUACUGUUGUUUGAAAUGUUUGAGAGCUUGAAAUUUUGAUCUCCUUUGGCUCAGUGCGUGAUAGUUUAUAUUUAAAAAAAAAAAUCCAGUCAACCCUUGUGACACCAUUUUAGGGACCAGAUAGGCUUCUUUGGUCUACGAAUCCAACAUUACAUUAUAGCUGCAGAAAAAAAGCUUUUCUGCAUGGAUCAUUGAAACUAUUAAUAAGUACAAACGGUAACUUAGCUUUCGAGAUAUGUAAGCAAACAGUGCUGAUACCUCCUUUACUGGUGUCUUGUACAUUUUCGGACAACAGCGACGGCUUUCGCUAAUUUAUUCUGUUAUUUCAACACUAAAACAAAAGAAUAGCCUGCUGCUAAGCGGGAUGAUAUCAUAAUAAAACUUCCAUGUUGUCACA